CUCAUCCGCUGUCCCCGUCACAAACAGUGAUGGCGUCGCACGGAGCGGACACCGGAGCCCCGGAGGCUGCGGCGGCUCCCGGGGAGCGAGAGGAGAGAAAACCCGCCGUGUCGUUCGGUUUCACGAAAACUGUGAACAAGUUCAAACCUUCUGCCGGCGGCGACGCGCUGACGCAGAGGGACGAGAGGGAUUACCUCACCGGCAUCGACAGGAAGGAACUGCAAAGUUCCAAACCAACCGAGAAGCCCAGAGAGCUCAUCAUCCCUCUGAUACACAAGAACCGCUGGAGCAGACUCGACCGACCGGGCCCCAGCGAGGAGGCGACCCGGGACCAUGACUCCGUGGACUCCCAGGCGGUCAAAGAACUCAUCGAGGAUUCCCGGCGGCGGCUGGAGGAGUGGGAGAAUGGCCCCCAGCCGCAGACUGACCUGAAUCUCUCCAUCCCCCUGUUGAUGCAGAACAAAGUGCCCGAGGGCUUCGAGGACGGAGACCGCGUGAAGGUGGAUCUACGGCCUGAAUCCGCAACAGAGGCAGAUUAUGAGAGCGUUCCUGUGCAGGCCUACGGAAUCGCGAUGUUGAAGGGGAUGGGCUGGAAGAAAGAGGAAGGCAUCGGACGAACAUUCAAACAAGACGUGAAGCCUAUCGAACACCAGCUGCGUCCCAAAGGUUUGGGCCUCGGCGCUGAUCGCUCUGCGGUGAAGGACCUGGAACCCACGAGACGCCGGCGUCCGCCCAAGCCGGGCGAGGAGCGGGAGCAAGAGGAGGAGCUGGUGAUGGGUGCCGGGGGCUUCGUGUUGGUGGAGUCGGGGGCUCAUAAAGAGCUGUAUGGAAAGAUCGAAGGCCUCGAUCCAGACAACGCUCGAGCUGUGGUGAAACUGGCCAUCGGCGGCAGGACGGCGACCAUCAGCCAGUACGCCCUGAAACUGGUCGGCCGCAAGGAAUACGACAAAAACAGCAGAGACCUCAGUCGACUGAGUAAAGCUCACAAAGAGAAGGAGAAGGAAAAGGAGAGAGAGAAAGAGAAGGAACGACAGCGACGUGAAGAGAGAGAAGAGAAAGAGAGGAGAAGUAACGGGGACGAGGGGAAACACAAAUCUUCUGAGAGAGAUGGAGGAAAAGACGAGCGGAAAAGGAAACACAGAGAGUCGAGUCAGGACAGAGAGAAGCCUCCGGUGAAGGAAGCGAGGCGGCCUCCGGCACCGCCCUGCUGGCUGCAGAGAGACCUGAAAGUUCGCUUUAUAGACAAAUCUUUCAAAGGGGGACGGUUCUACAACUCAAAGGUGUGUGUGGAGGACGUCCUGACACCUUCCACCUGUGUGUGUCGGACCGAAGAGGGACGACUGAUCGACGACGUGAAGCAGCAGAUGCUGGAAACCAUCGUCCCAAAGAGUGAAGAGGAUUUAAUCAUGGUUGUUCUGGGUGAACACCGGGGUCAGGUCGGACGGAUUCUCCAACGGGACAAGAACAAGUGCAGAGCGAUCGUUCAGCUCGACCGCCACGAGAAGGUUUUCUCUCUUGACUACGACUCCAUCUGUCACUACGUCGGAGAUCACUGAUCGAAAUUCUAUAAUCAUAUUUCAUCGUCAGUUCCUUCUUCAUCCCAUCUCAGAUAUUUCAUCGUCAGUUCCUUCUUCAUCCCAUCUCAUCCUACAUGUGCAUUUUUUGUAAUAUUUCCGAAAAUAAUGGAUCCAGAUGUGAAUCCAUUUCAGUUUUUAUAAUAAAACAUUGUCAAAAGCA